AUGAACGACUCAUUCAAUACUACCUAUCCGACUGCUGUCCUAACAUCUCUCCCAUCCGGCGCGUCCUUUUCCCGCUAUGAUCCAUCUGGCAAAUACAUCGUCGGCGCACGUCCAGAUGGGAAAGCUUUCAUAUGGGACCUCGAUACAAAGUCCCUCAUCCGUCGAAUAGAAGGCCACGUCAAGAUGAUCACUAGUGUUGACUGGUCAAGAAAUUCACGAUACUUGCUCACUACGUCGAAGGACUGGAAUAUCAUUGUAUGGGAUUUGGCUUCCGAGACGUUUUCGCCACGACGACAGUCAACGAUACGGUUUGAUGCACCUGUGUUGUCUGCUAUGUUCCAUCCACGAAAUAUGAAAAUUGUUCUCGUCAUCUUGACAGUCGGUGAAGUCUACAUUGUUGACUCCAGAAGGGAACAUCGAAGUCGUAUUGAACUCGUCGAAACCGAGGAUGAAGAGGAGUAUAUGCGACGCUCACCACCAACUUGUGCACGCUUUGAUCCAUCUGGUAAACAUGUAUUCGUUGGCACGUCGCAUGGCUCAAUCCUAGUCUUCAAUACACGAACAAAAAUGCUUGUGUGCCGGUAUAGAAUAUCCGGGGCCGGAGUUAUGAAAGGCUUAAGUUUUGCAAAAUACGGCAGACGCCUAAUCACGAACUCCUCCGACCGAACACUCCGCCAAUUCAACCUUCCACUGUCCUUCCCCUCCCAACUCGAGGAGGAAGAACAGGAGCUCGAACCAGCGUACAAGUUCAGCGAUCCAAUCAGUAGAGUUGCUUGGCAUAAUAUGGCUUAUAGUCCGGAUGGGGAGUGGUUAGCAGGAGGUUCUGCAGAUCCUGCGACCCAUAAAAUAUACAUAUGGGAUAUCGCUUCCGAUGGACAAUACGCAACUACGCUCGAUGGUGGACGCGAGCCACUGCUAGACGUUACUUGGCACCCCAAGAUAUCUGCCGUAGCCUCAACUACUAAAUCAGGUGAUAUCCUCCUCUGGCAUUGUCCGACGGAAGAACGAUGGGGUGCAUUCGCGGGAGGGUUCGAAGAGAUUGAUGAGAACGUGGAGUAUGAAGAACGUGAGGAUGAAUUCGAUCUUGAAGACGAAGACGAGAUGGCUCAGCGGAAGAUGCGAGAAGAGGAUGCAGAGGUAGACAUAACUGGUGUAGACGAAGUACUCGAUGCGAUUGAGAUCGAACACCAGAGGGAGACGAAGGACGAUGAUAUUUUAUGGGCGGAAAGCGAGCCAGACGAUGACGAGAAAGUUUGGAAGAUGAAAAUUAUCUUGAACCCAGAGGAUGAUUACUGACCUUGUAUAUUCGCAUACUUGCGC